CCCAACUCUUCGUCUUUCUUUCUUUUCUUUACUUCUUCGUUAGUACCUUGUCAGUCAUGUCGCAGACUAUUUCGAUGGACGCUUUACCUGAGUGCUGGGGACACCGCGGUGCAUCGGCCGCAUACCCGGAGAACACGCUCGCCAGCUUUGAGGCUGCCAUGCGCGACGGCGCAGAGGGCAUCGAGAGCGACGUCCACGUCUCCCUCGACGAUGUCGUCGUCAUGUUCCAUGACCCCAGUUUGGAGAGGACAACGGACAGUGAUGGUCUGAUCAGGAACAAGAAGUGGUACGGUCCAGACGGUAUGGAGCAAGUUCGGACCACAAAGGAGCCCAAGCAGGCGAUUCCUACGUUUGCCGAGACCGUGAGCUUGCUGAUGAAGCCGGAGAACAAUCACGUCAAGUUCAACGUCGAUUGUAAAGUCUAUAAUGACCCCCCGAGACUGUUCUCGCUCAUGCACAAGAUCGUGUCGGCGCACGAGAACUGGGAGACGGCGCUCGCGCCGCGAAUCAUCCUCGGCUUGUGGCAUCCGCGGUUCAUCAAGCACGCGAAGGAACAUAUGCCGUAUUGCACGAGGUCGUAUAUCGGGGGCAGCCCCUAUAUCGCGCGCAAGUACUUCUGGGAGCACUGUGGUGCGUUCUCGAUGUGGUUCGCGGGGCUGGCGACGGUGGACGGGCAGAGGUUCAUUAGGGAGUGUAAAGCGGGGAAUAAGCACUUGAUGGUAUGGACGGUGAACGAGCGCGCGCAGAUGAUGGAGUGUGCGAGGUGGCGUGUGAACGCUGUGUUGACGGACCGCACGAAGAUGUGGUUGGCGUUGCGCGAGGAGCUGCAGACCGACUUUGAGAAGGUAGCGUCGCAGCACGCUCGAGCGUUCCUGUGGACGACGCCGAAGUUCUACACAGCGGUGCAGUUCAUUCUGAACAGGCUGGACAAGGCCGAGCUGGAGAGGGAGGGCGGGUCGUUCGACGCGGCUGAGGUGGAGUCGACGCCUGUUGUGAGGGCGUUGGCGUGAUGCAUAAGGUUGCACCGUGUGUUGUCUGUCGGGAGCCCAUCCUCGAACACUGUUUUCGUCCGCCAGUAGCUAGUAUUAGACUGCCGCCACAUCUUCUUUAUAUCCCCUCGUCCUCGCUACCGUUCCGUCGUACCGUAUUAGACCCACCUACUAGAUUGCGCUGUGUCGCACAAUGCAUAUUCCUUGACAAC